GUCGACGUGCUCCUGUAUGCGCCUCUAAUUCUCUCUAUGUGCCUUCUAGUUUACAUCAUUUACCGAUUAUUAGACGAGCCUUAUGACGACGAUUAGUUAUAGAUCCGAACGAAGCGAAAGAUUUGACGAAUUCGGUGUCACGAUGCUCCCAACGUGGAUCUGCGCGUGAAGAUGGUUUCGAUAUGAAAUAUAAAAGCAAAGAUCGUGGAAAAACCAAGUCGUUUUGGAUUGCGUCAUUAGUAAGGCAACAUCUUUCCGUUCCGUCUUCUCCCGGUACUCCGAUGUCCGAUCGACACGAGAGACGAUACCGCGAAACCAAGAGGGAAGAGAUCAAAGAGCACGAUCGAUCCUUCGCCGGACUUAAUUCGAGUUAAACUUAGUUACGUUUCUAUCCUGAAAAUCGUCGAAUCGAGCUCCUUUCAUCGCUCCUCGUCACGGAAGAGUCGCAAUAAUUGUUAUUAUUUACGAGCGUCGUUACGAUGUACCAUCGACGGGACCCACGCGCGCGCACGCACGACACGCGGGCGCGCGCGCGCAUACACACACACACACACACACACUUCAUACGGGUAGAAGGGGAUGCAACGUAUAAAGGCGCUCACAUGACAAUUAAAACGGCCAGUCUUAAAACCGUUCUCAGUUUAAUCCGCACGACUCCUAACGUCUCGCGAUCCCUUACCUUUUCCUUGACUUUUCACGAAAAUAAAAUUAACGACGACGCGAUUAGAAAAUCUUUCGUUCCCGUAAUCAAGGAGCGAGAAUACGUACCACUGAUCGUUUCGUCGUGAGAAAGAAAGAGAAAAUUCGUUUCACCGGCAGUUCCUACUUCGUAUACAUAUAUGCGCUACGUCAGGAAAACGAGCAAGAUCAUACAAUUGCAAUUUCGUACGUUUUUGCUCGAGACGCGUGACUAGCCUACGCGAAAAAGAAAAUUUAUCCUCGCGUAAGCGGAAUCGAGGAACUGGAGCUGAUUCGUUGCUCGUCAUCCUCGACAGGCAAGAGGGAUUCGAAAAAAUGCGGCCACGUCUGUUCGUGCUCUUCCUCUUUCUGUCGGCCUCGUCGGCGGAGCAACGACGAACCGAUGUAGCCGAGGACAAUUGCGAGAACGAUCGGCCGUUCUUACUUCAUUACUUUUCCUGGGCCGAUUACGCGGUUCUCGGCUCGAUGCUACUCGUAUCCUGCAUGAUCGGCACCUUUUACGGUUUCUUCGCGAAGAAACAAGAAACCAGCGAGGAUUUUCUACUUGGUGGCUCCACCAUGGGCACUUUUCCCAUGGCCAUGUCCCUAGCCGCGAGUUUUAUCACGGCCAUCGAGCUCCUUGGGAAUCCUGCGGAGAUGUACGCCCAGGGCACUCAGUUUUGGAUGACGUGCCUGGCGUUUGUUUUAGUGGUACCGAUCACUUCUUACCUCUAUCUGCCAGUUUACAUGAAGCUCAGGUUGACCUCGAGUUACGAGUACUUGAAUUUACGCUUCGAUCGACAUUGUAGAUUGCUCGCAAGCGGAUUGUACAUGCUUCAAAUGAUUUUUUAUACGUCAGUCGCCGUUUACGCGCCGGCGUUAGCUUUAAGUCAUGUCACAGGCCUUAAUACUUACAUAGCCGUUACUCUAGUCUACUUAGUCUGCAUAUUUUACGCCUCGCAGGGUGGUAUGAAAGCUGUAAUAAUGGCCGACACGUUUCAAGCAGCCGUUCUCCUAGGAUCUCUCUUCCUUAUAGUCGGCUUAGGUUUAUCCUGGGCAGGUGGAAGCUCGCUCGUCUGGGAAGACAAUCGAAAAAGCGGAAGGAUGGAGAUAUUCAAUAUGGAUCCGAGUCCAACGGUGCGACACAGCUUUUGGAGCGUCGUCGUCGGUGGUACUUUCUAUUGGACCACCAUGUAUUGCAGUAAUCAGGCUUCCGUCCAAAAGUAUCUCAGCGUUUCGAGCAUCUCUCAGGCCAGAACGGCCUUGUGGGUUUCCAGUUUCGGAAUGAUCGUGAUAUACACGAUCAAUUUCUUAACGGGCAUGGUACUUUAUAGCGUUUACAAAGACUGCGAUCCGCUUUCGGCCCACUACAUAAGCGGCUCCGACCAAAUACUGCCCCUAUACGUGAUGAAUCACUUGGGCAGCCUUCGCGGUAUGCCCGGUCUCUUCGUCGCUGGUAUCUUCGCAGCAUCCUUGGGAACGGUCGCAAGUGCUUUGAACUCCUUGGCCGCGAUCACGUGCGAGGACGUUCUUCAAGGACUUUUCAACAUGGAGUUACCAGCACGGAAGGGAGCGACUUACGCGAGAUGGAUCAGUAUAUUUUUCGGCGUCUUUGGCUUCGCUCUCAUCUUCGUCGUCGAACGUCUCGGUAGCGUUCUCCAGGUCGCUCUGUCUUUCAAUGGUAUGGUGGGCGGAGUUACCCUGGGACUAUUCUCUUUGGGGAUGUUCGUACCGUGGGCCAAUGCCAAGGGAGCCAUGUCAGGUGCCCUCGCCGGUCUGACGAUAGUUCUGUGGAUCGGAUUAGGAGCUCAGAUCGCUAUUAUCAACGGGCAGAUUCGUCUGGAGAGUAAGCUCGUCUCGACGGAGGGCUGUACGUGUUUAAACGACACGAUACCGACGACGAUCGCGUCGACCGACCUUCCCGAGGGAAGCAAAGAUUUCGAGAUAUCUUCCGUUUACAGGACGAGCUAUCUCUGGUAUAGCGCUAUCGGUUGCAUUCUGACGAUGGUAGUGGGUUUCGUAGUCAGUCUCUUUACCGGCCUACAAAAUCCGGCAGAACUCGAUCAGGAUCUUCUCAGUCCACCGAUCGCAGCCAUAUUUCGUUUGCGAACGAAGACACGAGCGAACAGGAACGUUCAAGGUGUUGCGAACUUUGGCCUGGAACUCGACGAUGAGAAAGCGGACACUCGUAAGAGUCCGAUGUGAUCGUCUUCGUCUUACUUGGAACGUUAACGCGAAGAUAACGGUCUUACGCGUACCGAUAAUAUUUGUAUAGAUUUUCUUGAUCGCGGGACGAGUCACUCGGGUCAUUGCUCGGUUACAAGGAUAACGCGUGGCUUGUUCGAACAUUUAUUAACAAAAAACAAAAAAAAGAAAAGAAAAAAGAAAAAAAAAAGCAAGACUUUAGGAAUCUAGUGACUUCAACCUGUUAUUGAGAAAGAUCUAACGAACUUUUGCGAUAACGCUAAACGAUAAGUGUAUCAUCUAACGAGUAGACUAUAUCUUAAGACGAAACGGUUGUACGAAUAGAUUUAAGCCGAUCGUUUCUUCGAUUUGACAGCUACGCUAAUAUUAUUUUUCGCUGACUAAUUUCGUCGUCGUUUUGCUAUUAUUAUUAUUAUUAUUAUUAUUAUUAUUACUAUUACUACUAUUAAUCUAUUACUCUGUUAAUAUUGUUAUUAUCGAUAUUAUUUAAAAUGAUCUUGCCCGGCAGGAUGUGUAUUUUCUGGUAUAAACUCAGGUCGACGGAUUCGUCGUAAAAAAUCUUUCCGGUAUUUCUUCGACUUUCCUUCUUUUCUUUUAUUAUCGAGAUUUUAAAAAGAAUUUGUAACAUUUCGAUUCGUAAGUCCCUCGUAGGUAAUAAGGCACAAGCUCCUUAAUCCUUUCCUCGAACCUCCUCGCACAACCGAUUUCGAAAGAAAUAGCAAUGGAUUUUCAUCGUCAGGUUUCAAGCGUAAGCACCUUCCACAAGGAGAGAAGACGAAUAUGUCGAGUCGAUCGAUACGCUCGUCGGAAACUAUCGACAAAUGAUAUUGAUUUUCGUCCCGUUUGUCGGCUCGAUUUUGUCGAUGUACUCGUUCGAAAUGGAGAAGAAAAUGAAAAAUACAGCUAUUAAAAGUUCGACUAUGGCUGUCCGUUUAUUUUAUUUUUUUUCUUAUUUUUUCUCUCAUGACUUUACCGACGGAUUUUAGACCGUCAAGAUUUUCUAAUGUACCUUAGUUCGUUGAAUAAAUACACGGUCAAGUA